AAGACACACUUGUACAAGAGCCACUCUACACCGACACACAGGCUCUCAGCCAAACUGUCGUCGCCUCUGGUUCUCUCUUGAACACUCUCAAACCCACGUUCAGUUCAGCCACAUCUAAAGUUUCAAACUUUCAAACCAAACACCUUAAUUAAAUCUCUCCGCUAAAACCCACCAAAAAUUUUGCUAUUCAAUACCCAAUUUUGGCGCCGUUCUCUGCUUUCCACUUCCAUCUCAAAAGAUCAACAGCAAUUUCAUCGAGCAGAGUUACCGCAAAGAAAUCCAUUUAUCAAGCCCUGCAUUCCACAUAAAAUACUUUACAAAACGAUGAUGAUGUUGUCUAAUCUUCCUUCAUCUUGAAUUCCUGGGUUUCUAGGUUUGGAUGAGAUAUGAUCCAUGCUUCUUUCCUCACUGUUUGUAAGGCUUUGAAUUUUGGAGUUGUAGCAGUUCAAAGGUCAUUGAAGUUUCAAUUGAACAACUAUCGCUGCAAGGGUUCUAUUAGGCACAUUCAAAUGGAAAUUAAUCACAAGUCUAAUUCAAGUGGUGCUAACAGUGACUCAAGAGGCGCUUUGGUUGUUCUAGAAGGCUUGGAUCGUUGUGGGAAGACUACGCAAUCUGGUAGACUACUCACUUACUUGGAAGGACUGGGGCAUCCAGCUGAAUUAUGGCGGUUCCCUGACAGAAGCACAAGUGUCGGGCAAAUGAUAUCUUCAUACCUUUCAAACCAAUCACAACUUGAUGAUCACACCGUCCAUCUUCUUUUCAGUGCUAACCGUUGGGAGAAGAGAUCUUUGAUGGAAACUAAACUGAAAUCUGGAACCACCCUCAUUGUUGACCGUUAUUCUUAUUCUGGGGUGGCAUUCUCUUCUGCCAAAGGACUUGAUUUUGAAUGGUGUAAGGCUCCAGAAAUUGGGUUGCUGGCUCCAGAUGUGGUACUAUACCUCAAUAUACCACCAGAGAAAGCUGCAGAAAGAGGAGGCUAUGGAGGUGAGAGAUAUGAGAAGCUUGAGUUUCAAAGGAAAGUUGCUCAAAGUUAUCAGAACCUUCAUGAUGCUUCCUGGAAGAUAAUAGAUGCUUCUCGACCUGUAGAAGACAUUGAGAAGCAGCUGCAGGAGAUAGUCUCAGACUGUAUCAAGACAUGCCAAAAGGGAAAACCCCUCUCCUUUCUCUGGUCCUGUUAAUUUUGUUAUUCUAUUGGAAGGAAUGUGAAACAGGUUUUUUUUUUUUUUUUUUUUUGGGUGGGGGAAGCCAGCCAUAUAUGGAGCAUGAGGAUGGUUUGAUUAUGCUAUAUGACUAUUGAGUUAUAAAACCACUUUCAACUUAGUCAUUGAUAUAUUAUGAACAUCUAUUUUCUGGUGGGAACAUAAAAUGAUUUAAUAUAUGGUUUUAUCGACUGUUGAAUGAGAUUGGAUAGUAGACUUGCAUUUCUAAUAUAUAUUUUGGUGGGAAAUGUUGUUUUUA